AAUGGGAACCGAUCUUGCUUCCUUCAACGCCCUUCAGUCGCUCCUUCUCUCCCAACCUCUCCAUCAUUAAUGGCGGCCAUGGAAGAGGCGGAGGCCGCACCUCAGUACACAAGGGACGGCACCGUCGAUCUCACCGGCAACCCCGUCCUCCGCUCUAAGCGCGGCGGCUGGAAAGCCUGUGCCUUCGUCGUGGUAUAUGAGGUGUUUGAGAGAAUGGCUUAUUAUGGGAUUUCAUCAAAUUUGGUGAUCUAUAUGACUAGAAAGCUUCAUCAGGGCACAGUGUCUUCAGCAAAUAAUGUUACCAAUUGGAUUGGAACUGUGUGGAUUACGCCGAUCAUCGGCGCCUAUAUCGCCGAUGCUCAUCUCGGUCGGUAUUGGACAUUCAUAAUCGCCUCCAUUAUUUAUUUUUCGGGCAUGUGUGUUAUAACAUUAGCGGUCUCCCUCCCAUCUCUGAAGCCGCCUCCUUGCGGCUCUGUUACAGCAGACCUGAAUUGCACUAAUAAAGCUUCAUCCUUACAACUGGGCGUCUUCUUCUCCGGCCUCUACAUCAUCGCCCUCGGUACCGGCGGCACAAAGCCCAACAUCUCGACGAUCGGCGCCGAUCAAUUCGACGAGUUCGACCACCGAGAGCGCACUCAUAAGCUAUCCUUCUUCAACUGGUGGAUGUUCAGCAUUUUUUUUGGCACCCUUUUUGCCAAUACUGUUCUUGUCUACAUUCAAGAUAAUGUAGGGUGGAGUGUGGGCUAUGCGCUCCCCACUCUCGGCCUUGCCGUUUCCGUGCUAAUUUUUGUCGCCGGCACCCCAUUCUACCGCCACAAGCCGCUCGCCGGAAGCCCGUUUACGAAAAUGGCACAGGUUGUUGUGGCUGCCAUUAAAAAAUGUCGAGCAACUCUGCCAGCUGAUCCCAAAGAGCUGCAUGAAAUAGGGCUCCAUGAGUAUGAGGGAACUGGCAAGAUUCAGAUUGGCUAUACACCUUCUAUGAGAUUUCUUAGCAAAGCGGCAGUGAAGACAGAGUCGUCCGGCAGUCCAUGGUCGCUCUGCUCCGUCACGCAAGUUGAAGAAACAAAGCAAAUGCUCCGAAUGAUCCCCAUUCUCAUAGCCACCUUCGUCCCCAGCACAAUGCUUGCCCAAGCUAACACGCUUUUCGUCAAACAGGGCGCCACCCUCGACCGCCGCAUCGGCCCGCACUUCCGCAUCCCCGCGGCAAGUCUCACGGCCUUCAUCACCGUCGCAAUGCUCAUCUCCGUCGCCCUCUACGACCGCGCCUUCGUCCCCCUUGCCCGCCGCUUCACCGGCAACCCCCGCGGCAUCUCUCUCCUCCGCCGCAUGGCCACCGGCCUCUUCAUCCACAUCGUCAUCAUGCUCGUCGCCUGCCUCACCGAGCGCCUCCGCCUCUCGGCCGCUCGCGCCCACGGCGUAGCUGAAUCGGGCGCCACCAUCCCUCUCACCGUCUUCAUCCUCCUCCCCCAGUACGUGCUCAUGGGAGUCGCCGACGCUUUCCUUGAGGUGUCCAAGAUCGAAUUUUUUUAUGAUCAGGCGCCUGAAGGGAUGAAGAGUCUCGGAACUUCUUAUGCAAUGACGACGCUUGGCGUUGGUAAUUUCCUCAGUAGCUUCUUGCUGUCGACGACGGAGAAGGUGACCAGAAGGUUGGACGGCGGCCAUGGGGGCUGGAUAGUCAAUAAUCUCAACAAAUCUCAUUUGGAUUACUAUUAUGCUUUCUUUACUGUUCUGAAUGUAGUUAAUUUCUUCUUCUUCCUUUUUGUUAGCCGAUUCUAUGUUUAUAAAGCAGAGUUCAAUACUCAGGCCGAGGAUGUUGGAGAAUCCAACAAGGAGAAAUCCAAGAAUAAUGGCGCUCAAGAUGGGUAGAAAUUUUCAGAUCUCGAGAGUUUAGUUGAGCAAUGCAAAAAUGCUAAGAAAUGAAAGAGCAAUUAAUCCUUUUCUGCAUUUGUGGAUUAUCUUUCUUUUUGUUUGCCUGAUCUGAUUCGUUCUGAGUUUAACGUUGGAACUUUGAAUGCACAGCUUUUGGCCA